CUGUUAGGAUUGGAAGCCAUGUCCUUCGAGUAUAAAGCUCCGUGGCCUCUACCCCUGAUCCUCACGCGUACGUCACUGACUAAGUACACCUUGCUGUCAAGACAUCUCUUCCACUGUAAAGGACUGGAGAAUAAGGUAUCGCAAACAUGGAUGAUAGGUGGCCAAGCUACAAUGCAGAAAGCACGUACGGCCUGUCCGCGAGCGUUUGCGUUGCGGCAGCGUAUCUUACAGUUUCUGCAAAGCCUUCUUUACUAUACUCAGUGUGAAGUGAUUGAGCCGCUGUGGAAAGAGAUGGAAGCUGUGUUGACCAAUUCUAAGUCCACAUUGGAUGAUUUCAUCGCUAGUCAUGCGGAUUUCUUGGACACAUGCAUCAUCCAGUGUAUGCUCACAAGCGAGCCGGUGCUAAAGACUAUAUACAAACUCCUCAUGAUCUGCCGAGACUUCACCGGCAUGUUCUCCAGUCUGGUGUCGGGCUCCAGAGACCAAACUCAUCUCCAGUGGUAUACUCAGACCGAAACCCGGUUCGGCGAACUCGGGCUGGACCUCAUCAAAGGCCUGAGGAAGAUAUCGAAUUUGAAUCAAGACGGGGAGAAGGCCGCCAGUUUCUUGCGUAGUCUGGAGUGCUUAACGUAAACAUCGCACCGUCUCAAAAUCUGUACAGCCGUCGAGGUACCCAUACUGUAGUGACAGCAGCUGCCAAUACCGCCGCACCUACAUACCGCGCUGUUUUUGCACACUUUAAUAAUGUAGUCAUAUCAUAUUGUCAUAUAACGUGGGGAUGUCACAUGUCGUCACUAUUGUCACACAACUUGUGAGUAUGUCUCAUGUUGUCGCACACUAUCGCUUCUCUUGCUGGGAUGCCAGAAUGGUUUUUCUCGUUCCUUGGGCAAGUGUACUAUUGCAGAGCAGUAGUCCGUUGGACAACUGGUCCUAUUCGCCGGUGUCACACUACUGGCACGUGGCUGCCAUCGGAUUCAACAACUCCGAUGUGGAUGCCACGUGGUCUCACAUUCGUGACGUAUUUGUCGCAUGUUGACAGACCCUGAAGUCGUAUGUACACCCGGUGUCGUAUUCUCAAUAUAAAUGUCACAUUAUUACGAAUCG